AUGCGGGCGACCGACAGGCUGCAGGAGUUGAUGGACUGCUACUACGGCAUGGUGCCCGUCGUCCCCGGCGGCGAGGGGGUGUUCCUGUACCAGGGCAAGCGGGUCGAAGGAAAGCGGACGCUGGCGGACUACAAGAUGAAGAACGGGGAUCAGAUUGACUUGUGUUCGGAGAUGAAGCCGAACAUGUUUGUCACGCUACAGGUCAAGGACCCCCUCAGGGCGCAAACGUUGCACUUGGUCCGGACCAUGCGAAGGACCGACAGGCUGAAGGAUUUGCUGGAUUUCUGCUGCGCCAUUCUCGACGUCCCUGCCAUCCGAGGGCGUUUUGCCUUCCGUGGCAAGCAGAUUACAGUUGAGGAAACUCCGAAGCGCCUUCCGAUGGAAGGACUGGGAUAUCGUUGA